AUGCGAACCCACAAAUCAUCAGACAUACCUGUACAUAAGGACACCAUUCUCCAGCAUGUGUCCUGGGGAGGGAACUCUUCUUCGUUGUCUUCAUCCGAUUCGUUGAGUGAAGAAGAGCGGGGAGGGGUGGGCAUUCAGGACAAUCUCUCUUUGGGUCCCUCCGCUCGCUCUAAGGGAGAGAUUCCUCCUUCAAACUGCUCCUGUGAUGUCUCCUCCAUGGUUGAAUUGGCCAUAAUCCUGAAGAAGCUGACGAAGGAGAGGUCUUGGAAGGUGUCAUCAUCUUCUUCUUCGUCGACUUCAUCUUCAUCUCCUUCAUCUCCCGCUUCCUCUCCUUCUUCUGAGGCUCAUUGGCCAAAAAAGAAGAUGGCUGCCUCCUUCCACAGGGAAAGCAGUGGGAGCUCUCAUCAGCUUUUCCCAACCUUUGGAUUUGGGAACUGA